GUGUCUCUUUCCGUCUCCGGCCGCCGCACGGAGAGGAGGUGGGGUGCGGCCUGUUGUCCGCCCGCGUGGCCGUCUCGCUCCCGCUGUCGUGGGUCUGUGCCCUUGCCUGGCCUCUCUCGCUGCGCCGCUCGCCUCCCUGGCUGCCCCCGAGCCCCGCCGCCCUAGCUGCCGUCAUGUCUGCGCACCUGCAAUGGAUGGUGGUGCGGAACUGCUCCAGCUUCCUCAUCAAGAGGAACAAACAGACGUACAGCACCGAACCCAAUAACCUGAAGGCCCGCAACUCCUUCCGCUACAACGGGCUGAUUCACCACAAGACCGUGGGCGUGGAGCCGGCGGCGGACGGCAAAGGGGUCGUGGUGGUGAUGAAGCGGAGAUCUGGCCAGCGAAAGCCGGCCACUUCCUACGUGCGGACCACCAUCAACAAGAACGCCCGAGCCACUCUCAGCAGCAUCCGGCACAUGAUCCGAAAGAACAAGUACCGCCCGGAUUUGCGCAUGGCCGCCAUCCGCAGAGCCAGCGCCAUCCUGCGCAGCCAGAAGCCAGUGAUGGUGAAGAGGAAGCGGACCCGCCCCACCAAGAGCGCCUGAGCCCUGCCCUUCCCCAAAGCAAUAAAGACAACAGUCUUCUCCUUG